UAAUAAUGAAAAGUAAAUGACAUUUGAAUGCAAAACAUAAACACAAAAACCAUUUCAAUAGCAAAACAAACACUCAUUUAAUUGGCAUUUAAUUUGACACAACAUUUGCCGAUCGGAUACACAAAGUCUUCGGCCGAUACACACACGUGAAAGCGGAUCAGUUGCGAGACAUACCAUACCAUCAGCUCAAGAGGAAUGGCCGGCUGUUUGGACAACAUUCAGAUCAGACGUCCGGAAUGGCUAGAGUUGGGAGAGAAGAGGAAUGCCAUCGCAUCCAUCGCCGCCGGAACCGCUUUCUUCACCGGUUGGUGGAUAAUCAUUGACAUAUCGGCCCGAUAUACAGAUGGCAACGACUUUUACAACGCUUUCCACGUGUGCGGCGUUUUGGGCACUCUUUCGCUGUUUAUGAUUAACGCCGUAUCCAAUGGUCACAUUCGGGGCGACGCCUACACGAGCGGUGUGUUCGGUCAGACGGCGGCCAGAAUAUGGCUGUUCAUAGGGUUUGUGUUGGGCUUCGGGUCAGUGAUCGCCGCCAUUUGGAUACUGUUUGGCGUAUAUGUGAUCCCAGCGGACAACAAGAAGGUCUAUCCAGGGAUUGGUAUCUUUUUUCAGAACGCCCUCAUAUUUGCCGGUUCAUUGAUAUUCAAAUUUGGGCGAACAGAAGACCUGUGGAACUGAUCUGCGGUGACAUCUUUUAAAUAGAGCCAAUUGUCUGUUUCCCUCCCUCACCCCUCCCCUCCUUUCCCUUAACUUUUUUUAAUGCAAUACUUAUUUUCAAAACUAAAUUAAUCUCAAUUAUAGAUCUAUUAUUAACUUUAUUGCAAGUAAUGCUUAUUUCAUAAGUUUUUUGUGACAUUUUUGGACACUUUUUACUGUAUUUUUUGUUCCCUUUCUGGACAUUUAAUUUAAUUAAAAAAUAAUCUCAUG